GUUUACUGCUGCUGUCUCCCUACAUGAUUGCUGCGACGGGAGUACGAAAGCCACUGUUGGUGUGCGCGGAUACCGUUCGAGCGAAGGUGCCAUGUCAGACGUGGAGCAACGUGAUGCUGAAGGAACAUGGAAUGGAGGCGAAGGUGGCGAUCGGCGACCCUACCGCCCGCCAACGUGCUUCAAUUGCAACGAAGCUGGACACUAUGCCAACCAGUGUCCUUACAGAUCUAGAAGGCUUACCGGUGCUGCGCGACCGUCUUCCUCAAGUGAUUCUCUAAGGAGUAGAUCACCACGUCGCCAUGGGCCGGGGCAGGAUGCCCAGCUAUAUCCAUCAGUUCGAGCACAGAUCGCCGAGAUGGGGAAGAAUUUUGCCGUGAUGGAGCAUUUUCAUGCAGAGCGUGCUAAACAAGAGAAGAAGGCGGCUAAGAAGCGUGAGAAGGAGGAAGCGAUGAGGCGAGAGGAGGAAGCCAAGCAGCGUGAGGCUGAGGAAAAAGCCAGACGCGAAAGGAAGGCCAUGAAGAGAAAGGAGAAGGCUCGACAUGACGCUGAGCACCAAGCCGAGACGAGGAAGGAUUUUGGUAUACAGAUGGCGAUCAUGAUGAAUGAAAUGCAAGGGAACCUGGUCAAGAAUUGGAGGAAUAUCGUGGGAGGGCAAGGCUGCACGGCGGGCCGCGAUAAGGGUAAGAAGAAGGUAGUCUAUGAAUCGGAAGAAGAGUCCUCGGCUGAUUGCAGUGGAGAAGAAAGCGAGACAAGCGUUCCGCAGGAGAUUAGUGAGAGAGCCGAAAGGCUCUGCAUAAUAUCCGAGAAGCAUAAGCGCGGGCCGGACCCUGUGUUUGAAAAUAGUCCGCCCAUGGAAAGGACUUCAAAGAGGACACCGAGACAGGGUUCUUUGAAACCGACCAAGUUGACGACUCGGCCGACUCGUUCCAAGGUUUCGAAGACCAUGAAGACACCUGGCUCGGCGAAGAGGCGAUCACCUGUUAUGACUCCACUAUCAAGAAAGAAGAAUUUGGCGGCCAAGAAGAAGUCCCCAGGCGGGAAUUUGACCCCCAUAUCGAAUGGUGCGUUAGCACGCCUUCGGUACAUGAAUACGGUAAUGAAGGAAUUGAAGAACCUCGACUCUACUGAACUUCAGCGGAUCUGCAAGGAGGAAGGCAUACACUACGACAAAAAGGUGGAUGUCAUCUUCAACAUUGCCGAGCAUUGCACAACGCUCACUUUCGACUGCGAGCUAAAGCAUGAGCCAGAGGUCAUUCGCAUCGCUGAAUCAACCGAUGACGAGGCGAUGAGCGGACAACCGGAUGCGUUCGAUGGGCGAAGCAGGUUGAGGGCCUCGCAGUUAUGGGUAGUAUGUAGAUACCUGACAAGUCUACGCUGUUUACCGUUCCCUCGCAAGGAAUGGCAUGUUGUCUUCCAUCUUAGUGAUUUGAAGGACGUGCACCCCUUGGCUAUUAACGCUAAGAAUGUGCCACGAGCUAGGUUGGCCAACCACCUACCGAUGCUCCAUGAUGAAUUGUCGCAUGCGUUUAAAGAUUGGCGGAAUCUUCAGGGUCCUCCGACAGAGGUCCCUCUCGAUGUUGUCGAAUCCUGUGUCUCUAGUUCUGGCGAAGCAGCGAAGUCUCUGGACCUUCAAGUGGUCUUUGGACCUCAAGCAGCGUUUGAACGAUCUGGUCAUCUCCGCUGUGGAUCGAAAUCCUGGUGAGUCAGUUGUAAUGUGCCCGACCAAGUAUUAUGAGGGAAUGUUGAGUACUUUUGUUCUUAAUACCGGCUAUCAAAUAAUGUCGGUCUCCGAAGGUGAGAAGCUCCGCGAAAUCUGCGAAGAUGUCUCGUCGGUCGGCUUAGAUCGCUUUGCCCGAUGGGAUUCUAACGAUCACUUUGGUUCUGCAUAUAUCUCGCUUAAGCAUAAGGAUUUGACGCGGUUCAGGCCUAUCUGCGCCGCACGCAAAAGAGUGGCCGAAUGGUUGCCAAAGGACUAGUAAACUUCUUGCUUGACU